CUUAUUCUUACCUCCUUCACUCUGAUCAGGAGCCUACCAUUACUCCUCCUCUCUUCCUUUACUAGGGUCCUAUAGUUUCUGUUAGAUUUGUGCCUGAGGCUAUCAAAGAAGGAAGAAGAGGGUGAGAAUGGCAAUGGCAGAUAAUGAGAUGUCUGGUUUAACGCAAGAGGAGAAAGAGGUCUUGUAUAAAGUGAUGGAGAGAGCAAAAGUGAGUUUAGAGGAGUUUGAUAGAGCAACUGUAGGCAAAGUAGCAAAUAAGCCAUUAGAAGGACAGUUAUACAAGUGGACCAAUCCAAUCAAAGGAUGGCAACCAAGAUGGUUUUAUGUUGACCAUGAUCAAGGUGUCCUCCAUUACUGUACUUCGGAAGAGAAAAGGAAACUACCCCCAAGAGCUUCUCUUCACCUUUGGGGUGCUGUUGUAUCUCCUAGUGAUGAAGAUGCUCAGUCAUUCACAGUACAGGCGGCAAACAGUGACACAUAUAGACUGAGGGCAGCUGAUGCUAGGGACAGGCAGUCCUGGGUCUCGCGUUUAAGACAAGAAGUAGAGCAUGCAAAUGGACUAGCAGCUGGACCUAAAGAAAUGAUACAAUCUUCUGCUGCUUCUACUGGUAAUAGUUUAAACUCUUCUUCUAGUAAUCAGACUCCAUUACAAUCACCAGUUGCUGGAACUAAUGCAAUGUCACCUGCCACUGGUGGGACCCCAACUAGGAAAAAUACUAAAAAGACUCAACUUUCUGCUCCACUUCAUCUCUCUAUCACUAAACUAGGCAACAAGAGGAGGGGAGGCAAUAAGAAAGGAGGAGGAGUAGGAGGAGGGGCAUCAUUUCAGGAACAAGUCGAUGCAUUUCCUGGUGGAGAUGCCAUGCUUGAUUCUUUAACGAGACUCCAGUCAUUACAAGAAUCACUCCAGCAGCAACUAGAGAAGACUGAAGGAACCGGCCUUGUUCCACAUGACAAAAACCUUCUCCUAUUAAAGAGCACGUCAGUAGCAGCUGUACAGAGCGUUCAAGACUGUCUGGCAAUGAUGAACGUUAACCUUGGCCGUCACUCAGGAGGGACCUCCCCUGCUCACCACACCCUCUCUCAACCCAUCCUGCCCUCACCCACGGCAGUGAGCUCUUCAAAUAAAAAGAAAAGCUCUCGCUCCAAGCAUCGCCCAGUGAGCAUGAUGGACCCUAGAUCCAUGAGCAAUAGCAGCAGGCAGGAUGAUAUUGAUGAUAUGUGGGGAGACGAUGAAGAUGAGGGUUUAUCAAGAUCCCUCUCUGUCUCUGAGGUACAGAGUCAAAGGAGAAACCAGCAGCAGCAUGCUGGUAAGGUCCUCUCUAAGGAAGCACCAUGAUGGAAUAUAUAUAGUCCUUUCUUCUUAAUGUCGUUCCUUUGUAUUAUGCUUGUGUGUGUGUCUUACUCUAUUGAAUUUAUUGCUGAUUAAAUUAAUUAUUGUAAUACUAAUAUUAUAACGCUUAAUAAAUAAGAUAGAAAAAUCAUAAUGCAAGUCACUGGCACUGUCA